AUGGUUGCCGUUACCGUCUCGGGCAAGGGUCUCGCCCCCAUCCCCCUCGACUUCCCAGGCAAGAGCCUUGACAACGUCUCCAUCCAGGACAUCAAGGACGGCGUCGCCAAGCGCUUCCCCUACCUCGAGCCCAACCGCCAGCGCCUCACUCUCCCCAACGGCAAGGAGAAGCCCACUCCGCUCACCGACGAGAAGAAGACCCUUGCCGACUAUGGUGUCGCUGCCAAUACCACCAUCCGUCUCAAGGACCUUGGCUUCCAGGUCGGCUACCGUUGGCUCUACGUCUGGGAAUACGCCGGCCCCAUCAUCCUCAACCCUCUCUUCCUCGUCCUCUCGCAGCGUAUCUGGGGCGCCUACGAGCCCUCCGCCCUCCAGUACACUGUCCGCAACCUCCUCGUCGGCCACUUCAUCAAGCGUGAGCUCGAGUCUAUCUUCGUCCACUCGUUCUCGCGUCCCUCGGUCCCCAUCACAUUUGUCUUCCGCAACUGCGCCUACUACUGGGGUAUCACUGGUCUCUUGAUUGGUGCCACUCUCUACCGCCCUGCCUACGGCGCUGAGGCCCUCAAGGACUCCAUCCUCAACUCGCCCAAGUGGAUCGGCUUCUGGACUGCGUUCGUGAUCAUCAAUGAGCUCCUCAACCUCAACACCCACCUCCACCAGGCCUCGAUCCGCACUCCUCCCGGUACUCCUCGCAAGUACCCCACUGGCUUUGGCUUCCAGUGGAUUGUCUGCGCCAACUACUUCUUCGAGACCAUGGGCGUGCUCGGCCUCGUCAUCGUGACCGGCGGUGACAUUGGCACUGUCGUCUACCUCUCGAUCGCCUCGUACUUUAUGGCUACCUGGGCCAAGGGCAAGUACCGUCGCUACAAGAAGGAGCAGGACCCCAAGGUCUUCCCCGGCAGGCGCUGGGUCGUUUACCCUCCCUUCCUCUAA